AUACACUUCGGGAGGAUUUAGGUAUCAAUGCCAAAUUACAAAAUUUGAGAACCGGUAAUGCUGUUACCUGGUGUGAAUGGAAUGGAUUCGGAACCAAUAAUUGGUCGUGAAAUUCGAGUUGCUGCAGUCAAAAGUCCAUCAUACGACUUAAGAAAAGAAAGGCACGCUAUAGGAAAAAGACCAACGGCUGUAAAUAUAUCGCGUGGCUCACCUGUUAUACCUGCGGCUACCCUAGAUCAGCGUGGAUUUGAUAUAAAUAUUUCUGUGCCAGACGAUGUCGUAGAAUCGCUAAUGGGAGUGAAUCCUCCAGAUAUCCCGAGUAUCGGGAUGCCGGAAACUCCAAGUAAAAGAUUAUCCAAACAUCCGGAAGUGGAUACACCAACCAAAAGAAGACGCUUGGAGGAUGAAUUUGUUGAAGAAGCUCAUCCGGUAGAAUCAACUGUCAUUCCUAAAGAUAUGCAGGAUUCUGAAAUGGAUCUAGAACCUAUAGAUGUAGAUUUGAUAAGACGUAUGAAGAGAUCAAGAAGACUAAGACGUCGAAUUUUCGCCGAUACCAGAAUUAAAAUACCAACAGGCACACUUCAGGCUAUGAUUAACGAUGUGAAUGUUCAUACAGUGGCUAUGCAAAAGAGACUGAUUACUUUCAUCUGCGAAGAUUAUUUGUCAGGGCCUGAAAAGUUAUUGAAGACGCCUGCAACCAUUAUGGAAAGUGUGCGUUCUAGAAAAUGGGCUAGCAAGUUAUAUUCCUUAUUCGAAAAUCCGACGACAGCUGAGAUACAUGCGGAGACGUAUCAGGAAUUAACAGUCUUGAAGCCAUUGUCAGCUUCGCUUUCUACUGAAGUGAUGCGACGUGCGGAUACUAUAAAUCAAACUGAAGAGUUUUCCAGCCAUAUUUCUAGAAAGGAUAAACAGGAUACAAUUGAUAAAACAAAAUUUGAAGAACAAAGUAUACCUUUUAUGGAGGUAGAAAGAGCUGGAGCAACUAUGCCUGAGAUAUCAGUACCUGAGAUGCCGGAUGUACCGGAAAAUGCGAAUGGAAUUCAAAUUAAACCAAUGGAACCAGAAGUACCAGCAAUGGAGAUAAAUGACUCUGAGGAAAAGGAUGAAUUUUUACCACCAGUAAUGAGAAAAUCUAAUAUACAGAAACGUAUGCGAGAAAAACUCGAAAAAAAUGCCUUAAGAGCCAGUUCUUUGUGCUCCGAAAGGUCAAUUCAAACAUUAAAAAGACAAUGGAUAAAGGAGGAUUUCCUUGCAAAUUUAGAAGUAUUAUGGCAUGAUAAACAGGCUAUCAAAUUCGUAGAAAUUUGUUCACCUUCACACAAUACGAAAAUAGAUGCUGCGGAUUGCUUCAAAUUCUGCAUAGAAUUGAGUGUAUCAAAAAGGCUUAGUUUGACUCAACGUGCUCCUUACCAUAACAUUUGGAUAAAAAAAAUGGAUUAUUCAUUUGAUAGCACAACUAGUGGAUAAAAUUCUAAUGAGUUUACUAUACUAAUUAACUUAUUGCGA